AUGGAAGAUCCCACAGCCGAGAAUAUGGUGCGUAGUGCGUCUAUAGUGCUAGAUGAGUUAUUUAACAUGUGCGUGAACACGAAGGCACGUGAAAAUCUAUACACAUACGAGGCUAAGCCGCCUAAUAAUUACACACUCAGCCGCAUGCUGGACAGUUUAUCGCGUGAUGUGAGUGAUUCAAGCGCGCGUGCGCGUGCAUGUAUAAGCAAACGUGUGUGCGCACAGUAUGGAGAAGGGUAUUUGAGCACAAACGAUAAGUGCAAGUAUAGUAAAGAUUGUGUUUAUGAAGAGGAUAGUGUAGAAACAGACAACGAUGGCGUACUUACGCGUGUGGACAGCUCAGAACCACAGCAGAGUAUAUAUAUUACCAAAGAAUGUACGAGCGAAGUGGGUAGAGCAAGUAAAGCUAUAUUACAAGUGAAAGGGCAGGCACAGCUGGUACAUACAGCGCUAUACUUAGAACAAAGGGACGGAGCUGCAGCAGUGCUAAGUGAUAAAAGGAUCCCAGACAGCGCAAGAACGAGGUUUGUGGAUACAAGCCUUAAUGGACAGGACGUACACGGGCGACCAGAAGGUGCACGUGAGCACAUCACCACAGAAGACACAAGCAAUGCAACCAUACGCACAGAUAGUAGCACGUCUCAUACGAUGUCAAGAACAACUGCUGCUGAUGAUGCCCGUAGAGAUACAAGUGACGAUGAAGGUGGCAGACGGGCGCCGAAUCGCCCCCAGACACUCACACAUGGUGAUCAGGAUAACACGCUGGGCACACACGGAGGCAAAGAUAAUAGGGGUACGACAAGUGUCACCCAUGGCAACAAAAACUCAAAGAACAGUCAACCCACAGGUGGGAAAGGCUGCACAGAUAGCGACAAACAUACAGUCAGUACCAAACAUCCCGAGAGGACUAAACGAGUACCAACACGCCCCGCACGGCGCAGUGGAGGUGCUGAGAGCGAUUUACGACACAGACGCAACCUAGCGUACUUCAUGGAUGACCCUCUGAACCCCUAUACCGCAUGGCCAUUGCCGCCAAAGCGAGAGCAUCCAAAUAUGGACACCGGGACUGCGGUGGACAGUACUCAGGCGAGUCCACGGCGCGGACGACAGACGCCGACGAAGGCGAAGCCAAAUUGGAGAUCGGUAGGCAGAAAUGUGGACUAUAGCCAAGUGACAGACAAUGAGAAAGCGGGAAAUAAGCACGCGGCUAAAAGUAGGAGUCUGGGACAUAAACAGAGUUCUGGGGGCUGUGCCUCGGGGAAGGUAGCUGCAAGGAGGACCAAUAGCAAAGAGCCUCAGGUACAGCCGAAGGAUCGGAAAGCUAUAGGUAUGUUGGGCACAGACACAGAAGACGCUGCAGGGUCUGUUUGCAUCCGAAAGGGGGUUUCUAGUGGGCGAACGGAUAAGAAGGACACAGUAAGCAAACCCAAGCCCAAGCCACAGAAUAGUAUCACGCGUACGCGUACGCAGAGCGAGGGAAAAUCGAAACAAAAGUCAGCUCAGCGGGGUACAGCGAAGGAAACACAGCCGAAGAAACGCACACGGCUGUCGGACCAAACAAAGCGCAAGCGAAUAUCUCUGAAUAGAAAGGGCACGGGAAGCGCAGCGCGUGCAUCGGAUGCGACUGAUGAAGCCACCAACAUUGCUCCAAUGCCCAAGAUUGGGACCAAGAAAGCGCCCACAACAGGCCAAAACGGACGAAGGCCUCGUGACGGUAUAAACUCUGGUGCAGAAUAAGUAAAUAGGCUAGAUCGGGAUAAAGUUAAGCCAAAGUAAAUUUCUAGUACCGUGUGAGUUGCGUGAU